CAAGUUAUCAACCUCAUAAUUCAACAGCCAUCGUCGACGCGAUCGCUCUUGACUCGAUCUGUGUGCCCUUCGAGCUGGUUCCCGAGUCUCUGAGCCCCUCCGUCCUAUGGCUGCGUCGCUGGACCUCGCAAGCCUGCAGUCCAUGGCGCAGACGCUCCGCGGCAGCUUCUUGAGCCAGGCGCUGGUGCUGCUGCUUCUCGUGCUGGUGUUGCGCUACGUGGCCGCGUCGUGGCGUGCCGGCUUGGCGCCGUACGAGGUGCAGACGUGUCCACCCAUCAAUCCACACGUGCAUUAUCGCUACGGCGUUUCGCAGAUGCAGGGGAGACGGCCGUACAUGGAGGACCGCCACACAGCCAUGGCGGAUCUGAACGGAGACCCGAAGCAAAGCUUCUACGGCAUCUUCGACGGACACGGAGGCGACGGCGCUGCAAAUUAUUGCGUACAGGCCAUGUGUCAAAAUGUGAUCCGAGAGCCGUCCAUCACGAAGGAACCGGCCGCAGCGCUGAAGAACGGAUUCCUACGCACAGAUCAAGAGUAUUUGCAGAUUGCCAACCGCAAGAAUUCCGAGGACGGAACAACGGCAGUUGUGGUGCUUACACAGGGCAACGAAAUCUUCGUGGCACAUACAGGUGAUUCUCGAGCGGUUUUGGUGCAUCGUAGUGGCAAGGUGUCCGUUUUGACAUCAGAUCAUAAGCCUAAUCGACCGGACGAACGUCGGCGGAUUCAAGAGUUAGGAGGAUCGGUCGUCUUCUGGGGCGUAUGGCGCGUUGAAGGCAUCCUUGCUGUGUCCCGCGCUAUUGGCGACCGCAUGCUCAAGCCGUUUGUUGUUGCAGAGCCAGAAGUGAAACAGUUUACGCGAACGGAGGAGGAUCGCUAUGUCGUCCUUGCCAGUGACGGAGUCUGGGAUACCGUCUCCAAUGACGACGCGGCGCAGUUAGUGCUCAAAUACGAAGACCCGCAGACUGCAGCGCAACGUAUAAUGGAGGAAGCGUACGCACGCGGUAGCAUGGACAACAUCUGCGCUAUGGUCAUUGACUUAAGAGAGUAAGUGGGGAAAGUGUGGGACUUGUUUGAUGUCAAAGUUUGCUAAACUUGUGUGGCUAUGAUAACGUAGGGAAAAUAACGAAUGCGCAACAAAAGACACAUAGUUCGUCGACUUAGUGGCUGGUGGUAGAGAGGGAUAACAAAUUGUCAAAUACUUCGUAAGUAGUGGCGAUGCCAAUGACAACUUCGAAAUACUAGUUGAACUCAAGACUUUUCACCAAGAUAUGCACCCCAAUGGAAAAGUGGAAAUAGACCUCGUAUUCAAGUACAUACAGGCUGUUAGCCUAACUACUUGAAUGUGGGCUGAAUCGGUUUGCAAAGCUCUUUGCGGAAUUGUGGCUUGACGAUGGGGUCCAUGGAUGCAGAGGCGUCGGUAACGUAGCGGAUCUUGACGAGUGCUUCACUUUCAUUGUUCCAUCGCUCGCGGUGCUUCUGUAGUUCCUCGCCCCGCAUCGUCCGCCCCUUCAUUUCCCGCGGCGCAGCGAACUCUGUGGGCUUGCUAGAAUUGCUGUACGAGGACUGGGAAAUCGAUUGCCACGUCCCGGAUCCUCUCGUCUUGUCCGCCCCAACUAGCUCGUUGUAGUUGUAGUUGGAUGUGUCGUUGACGUUGCGUAGUCCCGCACCGAACUCUUGCACCUUGAUACGCGCUCCUUCCUGCAUCUGAAUGCGCGUGUUGCUGGUGUAGUUGGCGCCUCCAUCGCGAACGUCCUUCACGGCGCCUGGGCGAUAGGCCUCCUCCACGAAGUUCCCGACAAGCGUCUUGCACUCGAACGAGCGCUUGCCACCCCGCAAGAUGUUCGAGCCACCGCCUCCUAGCAUCGUAGCUUGAUGAUGAGUUUGAAAUGGAGCAAGCAGGUCAAGUC